AUGGCAGAUUUAGAGCAUAAAAAUGGUAAUUUGGGUGUGUUUGAACCUGGUUAUUUGAAGGUACAAACCAUUAAAGUGAAGAAAUCAGAUUCUCCUCCUCCUCCGACUCAGUUGUACAUUGUUGCACCAGUUUCAGAAGGGACUUAUCCUUUGUUACUAUUCUGCCAUGGCUAUUGUGUUCAGAAUAGUUGGUACUCUCAGCUCCUGCAUCAUAUAUCUUCCCAUGGAUAUAUUGUUGUUGCUCCUAAGUUUUACAAGUGCAUGCUCAUUGCCCUCAAUAAUGAAGUAAAGACAGCAGCCAAGGUCACAGACUGGCUAUGCACAGGCCUUCAAUCCGUGCUCCCACAAAAGGUGCAACCAGAUCUCUCCAAACUUGCUCUUUUGGGCCAUGGGAGAGGUGGUAAGAUAGCAUUUGCUCUAGCAUUAGGCCAUGUUCCGACCUCCCUCAAAUUCAAGGCACUACUAGGAAUCGACCCUGUUGCCUGCCCUAACCCACCAACCUGGCCAGAACCCGAAAUCCUCACCUAUGUUCCUCGCUCUUUCGAUCUCUCAAUCCCUGUUGGGGUGAUAGGCACUGGCUUGGGUAAUCAGCCAAAGUGUGUGAUGCCACCUUUCGCCCCGAAUGGAAUUAACCAUGCGGGGUUUUUCAACGAGAGUAAACCACCUUGCUCUUAUUUUCUUGCUAAGAAUUAUGGCGGGUGCGAUAUGUUGGAUGAAUCGAAGGCGGCUUUGGCUAGUUUGGUGUGUAAGAGUGGAAAGGGUUCGAAAGCAUUGAUGAGAAAGGGUGUUGGAGGGAUUGUUGUGGCAUUUCUUAAGGCUUACUUGGGAGGUCAAGAUGAUGAUCUCAUGGCCAUUGUGGAUGCACCCACAAUUGCUCCUAUAACUCUUGAUCCAGUUAUUUUUGUCAAAGAAUAA